AUGCAAUAUUCUACUUUGAAUAUGCUACGAGUCUUACUCCCACUCUUUGCAUGCGCCGUACACGCAAAUGUAGAGAAAACAAUAUUUCUAGCACCGGAAGCUGCAAUUGUUCCAUCCGGAGAACCAGGACUGGAUGACUUAGGCCUGGAAAGGCUUUCACCAGAGAAUCCAGUGAUCAGAACCCGACUGAACACGUCAUUUCCAGUUGAAAACCUGGACAGUGACAGUGGCACAGAUUCAUGGUUUUUCCUAGAGAACCUAACUCCAGGGCAACGAUACGAAGUACGAGUUUGCUGGCCAGCAACACAACCCACAGCCUUCGAGCUAGAAACAUAUUCGCUUGCUCGGGCAUUCGAGAAUACAACGCUCUUAUCCGCGUUAAGUAUCUUCGGUAAGACGCGUCUUGCAUCACUUGAUGCCAAUCUACAGACAAAUGCAAUCCCUAGGCGUGCUAGUGGGCGCACCGAGGAUUCUGGUCCGAUGACAGACUCGGUCCUUUUUUUAAGGGUUCGCGCUGCAGCGGACUACUUUACUACGAAUGAGACGUUGAUGAAAACUCCUUCGCCUGUGUUGGUGGAUCUUAUCCUUGAUCCGUUCUUGUGGAAUGUGUUCCCUCGCUCGCUUGUACCGACUGCCGGAUGGAUUGUUGUUGUGGCCGUUGCCGCUGUUUUUGUUGCAAGGUGGGUAGCAGCCGAGCUUGGUAGGGUCAUUGAGGAUGCUAGACAGGCUCGGAAAGAAGAGGAAGAGGAUAAAAAGGAGCAAUAG